CAAAGCCGGGACUUCAGUUAGGCGCAACUUUGACAUUGAUCGGUCACAGUUUUGACAUCCUCACAAGAGAAAGUGGUUCUCAAAUGACGGAUCUCUGAUCAACGUUGGACGUUACAUCGCUGAAACCAUUGAACUCCUACGUGGGUAGAACCUCCAAUUUUAGACACCUUUAUUUCUGAAGUCAAAGUUUUAAUGUCGGAUUGGAUUAGUUUCUAAAUUGAUCAUAAAAUAGUUGCAUCGAAGACUUUUAACGACGGAGGUUUAGCCGUAGACAAUAUUCGUUAGGUGAUAUAGUUUACGCGAGAUAAUUCAAACUGGUUAAAGACAGGACACAACCUACAAAGUGUUACACACCCGCAAAGUAGCCUCUAAUUGGCAAGGGAAGACAACUUGUGGUGCACAUGUCAACGUAGGACGACAGCUCAAAUUGUUACAUGUAGAACAAUUCAUAUCGACAACAAUUGAAUCAAAACAAGACGAGUUAUUGUGACAAUAAGGUUUACUGAUAUAUAUAAUCUAACUAGAAUUUUUACUACUUUAAUGUAAGACCUGCAAAGAUGACAGAAGACAAAAAUGAACCUGGCCCCUGUGGCCAAUUAGAGGACAAAAAUGAGCCUGGCGCCUGUGGCCAAUUAGAGGACAAAAAUGAGCCUGGCUCCUGUGGCCAAUUAGAGGACAAAAAUGAACCUGACACUGGUGACCAAUUAGACGACAAAAAUGAACCUGACACUGGUGACCAAUUAGAGGACAAAAAUGAUCCAUGCAAUGGUGACCAAUUAGAGGACAAAAAUGAACCUGGCACUGAUGACCAAAUGGAGGACAAAAAUGAACCUGGCACUGGUGACCAAUUGGAGGACAAAAAUGAACCUUGCGAUCAAAUAGAAGACAAAAAUACUCACUGCUCUGAUCAGGCUCCGCUCUCUCGCAAUCCGUGCUUGGGACCCGACGACCACAAGGCUGUAAGCAAAGUGUUAAGUGUUUGCCUAAAAAAUGUUUGCCGAAAAGAUGUUUGCCUAAAAGAUGUUUGCCUAAGAGUUUCAGAAGUUGAUAUUUCAGGUAUGCGUAGGAAACGCAAGCCUCUGGAAGUCGAUGACGUCAUUAUCCAGAAAAUGAGGAAACUGGAAUUACAGCAAACAUCUGAGAGGAAAGUUCUAAAAAGGAAAAAGACGCCUUGCGACUGGGCACAGCUUCCUGAUGGAGCAUUAGGGCUGAUCUACGAGAUGGCCUCCCACAGGGACAGACUGAGCAUGUCCAAUGCCUGCAAGCACUGGCACGAGGCCUUCACCGAGUCAGAAAAAUGGACCACCCUUACUUUUAGAAUCAAUGCCAGCACGCCUAUGAGAGCCCUGGACUUUACUAAGCGGAAGAUACCCAGUGAAAUUAAACACUUAAUUAUAGAUUGCAAAGAUCCGAAAGCAACUGACAGUUCGGGCGACUCGAAACUUCUGUUAUUAUUGCGUCACUUGCUGGAGCAAAAGACUAACAAACUCGUGACGCUUCAGUUGUUAAAUGUGAGUCGAAUGACCAACAAUUGGAAGAAAGACAGCAGACAUAAAGAUGUCGUCAUGUGCAUACGAGGACUGGCACACUUCCAGUGCGAGUUAAAAGAGUUACAUUUGACAAAUGCUGGCCUUGACCUCGAGCAAGGUACAGUGGUGUUAAAGAAAGUUGGCAACUCGUGUGGCGCCAAAAUAGCAACUUUGUAUAUUGAUGGUUUAUUCCAUUGCACAGAGGAAACAACUCCGGAAGAUAUCUCACUGGCAUUGCUACAAGGCUUAGGGUCUUUUACCAAGAUACAAACAUUAUCGCUCACUGAUUUUUACCUAACGGAAAGGAUAGUGGAAUUUCUGUCUAACCAGACUCACCUCAAGUGUCUAUAUCUCGAGUCUCUAGAUCAAGAUCUUAGCUCAGUGACAAACCAGAGUUUGCUGAAACUAAAAGCUUUGUGCCCGAAACUGAAGAUCCAGAGAGAGGAGGAAGAAAUCGAGUUCUACCCAGAGGACCAAGAGGCGGAAGUAACUGUCGACACCCCUGCAGAGACACCGGAAAUGAAAGAACCUCUGGAAAGCUGUGAGGAUCUCCGAACCCCUUCUGUGGAGAACCUGCAGAACCAUCACAACCCACAGAACAUGCAAAACCAUCACGACCCACAGGACAUGAAGAAUCAUCACACCGCACAGGAACUGCAGAAUCAUCACACCCCACAAGAGCUGCAAAGUCAUCACACCCCAGAGGACCUGCAGAACCAUCACACCCCACAGGGCACGCACGAACGUACUCAGGACUCUGAGACAGUUGUACAGGGCAGUCAACCUCGCUACAACCUACGCAGGAGAAGUGCCAAAUUGAACUACAGAGUCUAGAGAUUUAUGUUUACUUGUGUUUAUAACUUAGUCUUAGAUUGGGUGAAUGUGGUGAUAUGGUUUAUACUUUUGUGUAUGUUUGUAUAACGUCAUCAGAAUAUGUGUUCAGAAUAUUGAUAGAAUGUGUUGUCUGAAUAUCUCAUUGUCUUUGAUAAGAUUAUCUCUUUAACAGAGUCAAGCCAACAAAUUAUAUAUUACACACAAAUGUGAUCGAAAUUAUUCCUUUUAU